ACAUGAAUGCUACCCGAUUAUGUUAAAGAGUCCGAUGAGUUGACAGAAAAGGAGGAUAGAAAGGGUACAGGUAAGAUUUUAAGAUUAAAUUCUUUUAUUGAUCCAAAUAAAUAGAAAUGAUUUUGUUUGAAUUGUACAAAUUCAAUUUCAGCGAGCAAUUUAAACACAACACAACUAACGUAUUUCUCUAAAUUCUCUUGCGUAAAAAUCAGCCAUCAAAUACCAUAACCUUAAUUAAUGGGAGUCGCUUAGUCAAUUAUUUUGUCACGUGAUAUGAGUAAAAACGAGUAAGAUUUCCGGUAUACUGUAUACAACACACUAGUGCUUGACAACAGCAGCCCGAUACACACUACAACUACACUACAUUUCGUCCAAUGAAAAUUAACAAUAAAAUAAACAAAGGGGAAUGACUCCUGCAUCAAUAUUGAAUAACAACGCAAAUGACGUCAUGAGCACGCACGGAGCUCAACAACAUCCUGCCGAUAAUAGUAUUGAUAGUUCACAUCGAAUAUCGCUCACAAAUUUUUCUUGAAAUAACUUUCUUCCUUUAAUUAUAACUGACGUAUAUUUAUUGUCACAUUUAUGUAUUUCAUUUAAAAAAACGCUUGCAUUCCAUAAUAUUACGAAAGGUAAAAUUUUUAAUUAACAUAACAUUGGGGAAGCACUGAUGAAGUAUCUUUUGUUGUGUGUUGCAGCCUAGUGAUGACUUACUCAUAUCACGUGUGUAAAAUUUUUAAUUAACAUAACAUUGGGGAAGCACUGAUGAAGUAUCUUUUGUUGUGUGUUGCAGCCUAGUGAUGACUUACUCAUAUCACGUGACCAAACAAGGAAGUGACUAAGCGACUCCCAUUAAGUAGUGCGUUAAAAUAAUAAUAAGUGUAGGGUACCGGUACCAAAAAUGAACAAAAAUUUCACUUACUUACCGUCCAGCGAAAUAAGUACCGGUACGUAGUAAAAGGCAGGGGAACACCUGAAAAAAAUUACAUACCCAAACAAAUGAGUGAACAGAAAGCCUUUACAGCUACAAGUGAACAAAAAAAAUAACUAAACUAACAUACCUUUAUCUGAUGAUGUGGAGAGUUCGAGAAAACUCCAUGAAAUGGUAGUAUUUGGUAGUGAACGAAAGAGUGUUCGAAAAUAAAAGUAAACGAAGUACCGGUACCGGUUCACUAUGAUUCCGAUACCGGUACAUAGCCAUAAAUACAGGAGCGCAUUGAUUACCAGCUAUCUGUUUUUUCACAACUUUUUCUCUGGUUCCUGCCCGUCCUAUCUUGCUGAACUGUUUCUAUCUAUUUACCCCUUCAAAAACUUCGUUUCCCCACAGACAGGCGUACCGGUAUUCUUUCUGUUCCAAGAACACGUACCGGUACUAAAACAUAAAGGGACAAAAGUUGCUGACUGGGAAUGACUCAGAGACAGCGCCAUUGAAAGUUAUCGUGCUGUGCAUGUUAUUGUGAAAUGACUGUAUGAUUGUGAGCAGUCGUGGGGGACAACCUAUUCUUUGCAGGAUAGGCCUACUGAAAAGGCCUCUCCGACUUACCAAGUCAAAUGCCUUUGUCAGGUCUAUGAAAGCUAUAUAAUUUAUAAAAUGGCAUAUGCUGUUCACGACAUUUCUCCUGCAUUUGGCGUAACGUCCAAAAAUAAUGGACAUUUAAUCAAUAAAACAAACGCAUUUUUAUAUUUAUAUUUAUAUGUUUGCUCUCUUGUAUUGCAAUAGUUCGUUUGGCAAUACCGGUAGUUCAUUGCCAGUUUCAGUACCGGGUACCGGUUGCGCAAUAUCGGAUUAUCAUUACUAUUAUUUUUUACGUACUGUGAUUCCCGAUGAAUGCAGCACUAGUAAAAAAACGUGAUCACGUCACACCACUACUUCAUUCACUUCAUUGGCCCCCUGUACAACCACGGAUUGAAUACAAAUUCUCUGUUCUCCGCCACAACUUUUUCUAUAAUUCCUUCCCUUCCUUGCUGACCGAUAACACUAUCUAUUCAACCCUUCGACAGCUUCGCUCCUCCGCAGACGCGCGUAUUCUUUCUGUCCCCAAGACUCGCCAAAAAACAUGCGGUUAACGAUCGUUCUCUUUCUGUACCCGCAAACAAUUGAAUUCUAGUCCACUACACAUUCGCAAUAUACCGACCAUAACAACCUUCAAAACUGCACUCAAAACACAUCUCUUUAAAAUUUACUAUCCUGUCUUAUUCCGACCCCCCUCUGAUUGAUAAACGAUGCUGCUUGGUAGUCGUCCAUGGCUUGACAUGUAAAUAGUUCUUGAAUGUGUGGAAUGAAUAUACAUUUGUUUUAUUUUAUUUAAAUAAUUUAUUUUAAUUUGUAAGUUCAUGAUUAUGUUGGUUAACUUUGAAUUGUAUGUACAGCGUAAUGAACCCAGCCCUAGCCUAAAACACACUUCAAUGUUUAACUGUAUUAAAAUAUAAAAUUUCCACUUAAAAUAACUAUCACAUUUUUAAAAUGACUUUAAUAGUAGAAUAGUUAAUUGUCAACAGUUGUCACAGUUAUUCAUUGAAGCAGUAACUCAAUCUAGAUGGAGUUUGAAAACAAAAAUUGCAAAAAUUAGACUAGACAAUUAUAAAAUACACAUCAUUUAUCUGCUGCUUUUUCAUUUACAAUAGGUGAGGUCAUUUGUAGAUAAUCUUCCGAUUAUGCAAUCUUUUUACACAGGAUUAGAAGUAGAUUAGCAAAACUUGACAUCACCCAGUGAUUAAAUAAUAAAAAGGACAGUGACUUAAUUAUGCAGUGGACAACAUAGAAAUAAUAAUAAUUCAGGCAUGACGAAAGCAAGGCUAUACAUAAAACAAGGCUUCGCAACAUCAUACUAGCGCUCCUAGCGAGAGGAAUCGUGAACAACACAUUCAGGAGAUAGGCAUUUCAUGCUAUUAUGACAUAAAACUAAUUCGAAUUUUUCACAAAACUUUUGAAAAUUAUUUUUAAAGCUAUUAAAUUCCACUAAAAAAAAUAAAAAAUAAAUUAGAAAACGUCACACAUGGCAUGACCCCCCCCCCUCGUCCCUGUCCCAAACUGUCACACUUUCUUACACCCCCUCCCCCCUUCUGGAGCGUGACGUACUUUAUGGACGGCACCUUUAUAAAACCACCACUUAUAAUAAUAACAUAAAAAAAAUAAAAAAUAAAUUAAAAAACCUCCCCCCAGGCAUGCCCCCCCCCCCUCGUCCCUGUCCCAAACUGUCACACUUUCUUACACCCCCUCCCCCCUUCUGGAGCGUGACGUACUUUAUGGACGGCACCUUUAUAAAACCACCACUUAUAAUAAUAACAAUGAUAAUAAUAAUAAUAAUUAGUAGCUGGGCUGGAUUUACACAUUCCUAGGCCAAAGUAUUCCCCACCCCUACCUAAAAAAAUGAACACAUGGAAUUUGUACAUAAUUUUCAAUAUAAGUAAAGUGAAGUAAAGCUAGUUUAUGAGAGAUUUCCCAUUUAAAAAAAAAAAAAAAGUUUUAAGGGGAGAUCUACGUUCAGUUUGAAGUAAAAGCAAUAAAUAUACGGUAACGUUCAGAGUGCCGCAUGGGAAAACCUGAAAGAUGACAAACUAUAAACAAGUUAAACAAGGAAAUUUCGAUUACAAAGUCUUCCACAGCAGACAAAGCGGGACAAAAGGAUAAACUUAGUUGAAUUAAGUCCAAACUAAACAAGAACUGUCUAGAAAUUUAUUGUAGUUGUAGAAACCUUCAAUGCCCGGUAGCCUAUUGUGUUUAAGAUUAAAUUCUUUUAUUGAUCCAAAUAAAUAGAAAUGAUCUUGUUUUAACUGUACAAUUUCAAUUUCAGCGAGCAAUUUAAACGCAAGACAUCUAACGUAUUUCUCUAAAUUCUCUUGCGUAAAAAUCAGUCAUCAUAUACCAUAAAACUACAUUACUCCCUUCUCAUCAGUGGCUUCUAUAUACCGGUAGUACGUGCCGGUACACAGAAAGCUCGUACAUUUAUUCCCACAAAAAAUAAUGAUUCUGCGAUAAUUAUCCUGAAAUUCUGACAGUGCAUAUAUAGCCUAUUUGUACCAGGUAUCUCUAAUUCUGCAAAUAUAGCACUAUUAGCAUGCAAUGUUUUGUAAUCGUCCUCAUAAUGUUGCUUUGUGCUUCCACAAGAAAACGGUGCACAUCACAGCACCGUCCACUUUUAGAAAUUGGAGUCACCAUAAAUGACAUUACUCGUUUAGGGGAAGUAGGGGUGGGGUCCACGACUUCGUGUUGAAGUGUGAUUAAAGUGUGGUACAUGCAGUGCCCAAUUUUAUUUUAUGAAACAAUUUAUCUUGUGCGUUUUUUUCAACCUAUUUAAUUGAACAAUUUUUAAAAUAAGGUUUGUGUCAGUACAUUAUCCAGCCUAGAAUAAGUAGAAUACGUACUCUCUGCUGUAAAUUAUUACGGGUAUUUUAAAGAAAAUAAACGUUUUAAUACCAUUUUAAUAAACAACUAUUCAUUGCGUUGUGAAUGGGGCAUGUACGGUGUUACAAGUAUCACUUAGUUCAGUGGCAUUUCGGCAUGCAUUCAUUUUCAUAAAGAGUACUUUGGCGUACCGGUACCUAAGACUAAGGGUUUACCGACAUAUGGGUUCUGUUUUUAAUCUUUAUUUCCACCUUUAUAUACCGGUAAUAUGUGUGUUGGGAAGGGAGAAUAAUAAGUUUGAUAUUUAUACCCAGACAGCACAACAUAUGGGUUGGUGACUGCAAGAGAACAGUAGUCACCUACGAGAUUAGAUCUUUAAGGCGAGCUGCUGGCAAUACAAGAAGGUCCAACAUUCGGAACCAGAAAUAAAACAAAUGGAUGAUGCCAUCCCAGUCCGCCAGUAUAUUGCUCAACACAAAAUUAAUUUAUUUGGACACUUGGCCUGUCAGCCAGUCAACCAAUCUCAUUGCAAGCGUACAAUGACAUGCACUCCAGGUUUCAGUUUCAGGAAUAUUGACUGAAACGGAAUGGGCCACAAAUUCAAAUGCUCACAGUAAUUAUUAUAAAUAUAGUCUUUUAUAGGAGAAAAUUAAAAACUUAAUAGUUACUUUAGCGAAGUGUUUUUAACUACGUAUUCGCUUAUAACGCGUUAUGAGUUUUCCCCCGAAUACAAACCCGAGCAAAUCCGGGUGUAUUGGCUAGUCUCUACUCUAAUAAAGCCAACUGUCAUUAAAAAAUAUAUGAUGCGGUAUCCAAGAUAGCUUAUAUAUAAUUUUAUUGAGACUACCCGAUACAAAGUUUCGUAAUUUAUAAUUAUCAUCGUCAUACUUUUGCGCUGAGUUUCACAAGACCGUGAACUCGUUGGUUGUCUCAAAAGUUUAGCCGAGGGACAACUUAAAUCUACUGUUCGCUUUAGCAUAAUUUCUAUGCUUUCGUACGAAUGGCGUUUUUUAAAUUUUUUGUAAAUCUCUUUUUUUUAAUUAACUUCGCUUUUGUUUGUGGCUGACUGGCAAGAUCUUCGGACUGCUAAUUGACCCACUUCGCGUCACCUUAUCGAGCUGAAACUUGGCACAUAGACUCGUUGCCGAUGACAAUGCAUUCUAUUCUAUCAAAUUUUCAGCUCCACCCCAACCCCCCAAAAUAAGUUUGUCCUGUUUUUCUAGGGGAAGACGAAGGAAAAUUCAUGAAAUCAUACUUACCGGUACCGUACUAAUAAGUUAUAUGGUUUUUAAUGAAUAUAUUUCUAAACCUGGUACCAAGUUUCUAGUUUAUUCUAGCAAAUUAGAUUUUUUCUAUGAAGGUUUUAAGAUAAAAUAAAUUUCCUAUGAAAAUUUUAGUUAAGUUCCAUAGAUUUCUAUAUCGUACCUUCCUGUAAAAUUUUUCAGCAUCGGAAAAUUUCAUUUUUGUUUUUGAACAUCAUAAAGUUUUUAGAUUUUUCUAUGAGGUUCUUCUAUAACCGUUUUAGAUUUAGCAUUAUAAUAAUUUUAUAAAUGUCCUUAUUAUGUUUAUUUUUUUUAUUUUUUCUGUAACGUUCAAUGAGUUAGCUCUAAUAUUAUUAAAAAAAUAAAUACAUAUUUAAAGAUACCGUACCCGGCACCGGUAAUUUUGAAAGUUUCUAGAAAUUUACAAAUUAUUAUUUUUUUUUAUCAUGGCCCAAGUUAUAUACCUGGUACAUAAAUGGAGCCGAAGGCUUAUAAUAACAGUGUGCGCUUCUACGUGUAUUGAGGGAUCUAGGCCAAAUAUGGUAAACAUACCCUUCAUUUGCCACCGGGGAACAGGAUGGCACCGGAUCGCACCAGGGAAUGGAAUACAACCAAGAAAUGUGAUCCCACUAGGAACGGGAUCCCACUAGGAACGGGAUCCCACAUGGUAAUGGGAUCCCACAAGGUAAUGGGAUCCCAACAGGGAAUGGGAUCAAACCAAGGAACGGGAUUCCGUCAGCUAACUGGAUCCCAAUGAUGAAUGGGAUCCCAUCGGGGACAGGAUCCCAUUUGGUCAGGAAAUGUUUACAAAUGGGAAAAUUUAACUCGAUGUUAGACUAAAACUACUAAAAGGCUGUAAAAGUUUUUUUGUUUUUUUCCAAAAUGCCAACCCUGGCAACGCCGGGUAUAUUGGCUAGUAUUACAUAAAUUUUGUAGAGAACCUAUAACCAUCUAAUUCAGGAGUCUCAAACUCAAAUCAUCCACGGGCCGCAGGAGGUAGAGUCUGAGUGAAACUGGGCCGCAGGAGGUAGAGUCUGAGUGAAACUGGGCCGCAGGAGGUAGAGUCUGAGUGAAACUGGGCCGCAGGAGGUAGAGUCUGAGUGGAACUGGGCCGCAGGAGGUAGAGUCGGAGUGAAACUGGGCCGUAGGAGGUAGAGUCUGAGUGAAAGUGGGCCGCAUCAAGUAUUAAAAAAAAAGUGAUUAAAAAUUCAAUGAAGUACAAAUGUUACAAUCUGCUCAACCUUUAUCAAUAACAAAUAAAAACAUUAAGUGUUCUCUAUAGGCUACACUUUCUUCUACCUACUCCUUGUUGCCAGAGACCUGGAAGCGCUUCUUCUUACAGAGCUGAGCAACAUUUGGCUUGAGUGAGGAAACAACUGAGACCCUCAGUAUAGCUUGAAGAUGCUCAUCAGUAUGUUUGGCCCUGAACUUUGACUUGUUAAAGUUCAUAGUGGAAAAGAGCUUUUCACACAGAUAUGUACUCCCAAAAAAGGCACAUGAUCCGCUUGAACAACCGUGAAAUCUCAGGGAAGGUGAAGGGCAAUGCACUCAUAAAUUGUCCAUGCUUUUCUGUUUUUUUAUUCACCUCCUUGAACUUAGAAUUGCACUGAAGAUCAAUCAGCUCCGUUUGAACUUUUGAAGCGUAAAAAAAAAAAGGAGGGGGGGGGGAGAGGGGCAUCUUCCACAUUAAAGGGAAAAUGGUCAGCAAAAAGUUGAAAAUUUGCUGUGUUUUGAAGUCUAAAAACGUGAUAAAAUUCUUCCUCUAGCUUUGCAAUGACAUCAGUAUAAUUACUAGUGAAUGGUGUGCCCGAGUCCAUGAGUACUUUGGAUGUUGGGAAAUGGAAGAAGUUUUUCUAAGAACCAUAACACAAGUAUUGGGCAUAAUGCCCUGAAAUCGUCUUAGGCAACACUGACAAGCUACCCCUGGUCUUGUAACUUCUUGUUGAGUACAUUCAGCUCCUGUGUAAUGUCAACAAGAAAAGCCAAGUCCAUGAGCUAGUUGGGAUCACUAAGUACAGGAACAACCACCUCAUCCUUCUCAAUGAAGGCUUUAAAAGAUAAAACGUGUUCAAACGGUAGGCAGGAGCAGGCAAUAUUUAUGAAUUAUUGAUGCGAAGGAAGAUGCUAUUGUAGGGUGAAUGAAAUUAGAUUUUUUUAUCGUAGAAAAGGCCUUUUUGACUAAAACUAUUUUGAAAGUAAUCAAGCUGACAGGAUCGGCACUUCCCUCACUCGUAAACACAAGGAGCAAUUUUAAUGAUUCUUUGAUUACUGUAUCAGAUUUCUACGUUUUAUACAAUUAUGGUUGUGCAUUACCCACUAACUCACUUUUAAAACUUUUCUCAAAACUGCUUUUUGGCAAUGUUUGUCUCAUAAAAUGCUAUAAAAUAAAAACUUUUAGUUUUAGUCAGAUUUUAAAACGUUUUUUAGCAUUAUAAUUACAAUCAACGUCAAAAUCUAUCCAAACAUAAUAAAAGUCAGAAUUAGACUAGCAGGUGAGAUUUGACUGAAACCGUCGCGGAGGGUCACAUUAUAGUUAUAGUUAUGAGAAUGGGGAAAACGCGCGGGCCGCAUUAAUACUAAACUUUGCUGUCAUGUAGCGGGCCGCAAAAUGUCGUAUUCUGUGUCGCAAAUGGCCCGCAAGUGUGAGACCCCUGAUCUAAUUAUUUUAUCUCCCUUUUGAUUAAGUGUGUAUAGGCACUGGACAGUGGUUCCCAAAGUGGUUCUUUGUGAUCUUAGAAUUGGAUACUUUCUAUGUUGUUAUUUAAUACCAAACUAGUAACACUUAACUUUAAUUUAAAACAUAAUAUUUAUUUUAUUGGCAGCUUAUUUGGCAUAGGGCAAAUAUUCAGCAACUACCUUACUUUAAAAAGAGUUCUACCACUAUGUUUUCCAAUUGAUACAUUUGAAGCCCCGCAUUGUUAAAUCGUGAAUACCGGUACUCGUCCACCUGAUUGUUCGGGUCCCAUUGCUCAAAUUUAGUACGCUGUCAUGGAACUUUAACUUUAACAUCAUAAUAAAUACACCCCCCCCCCCCAAAAAAAAACAAAAAAAAAACAGAAAAAACAACAUUUAACUAUUCCUCCAAUUCAUCAUAAUGCGUGUCACCUGAUUUUUCGGGUCCCAUUGCUAAAAUUUAAUACCCUUGCAUGGAACUUUAACUUUAAAAUCAAAAAAAAAACCCCCCCCCCCCCCAAAAAAAAACAAAAAAAAAACAGAAAAAACAACAUUUAACUAUUCCUCCAAUUCAUCAUAAUGCGUGCCUGGACAUUUUACGGACCGCGCUGGUGUUGAUCAACAGGGAGAUACAAUUUCUCCAUCUUCCUAUGUCGUGAUUGCAUCGAUUAUUAUAACAACGAUAAAACCUGUUUCUUCAUGCGUUCAUUGACUUCUUCCAGUAACAAAAAGCUUACCUCGGCCUCUAGCAUUGCAUACUAUACGAAUGUUAUCCUACUCACGGUUACCCAGACAAUAUCCUCAAGUUUAAGGCCGCCGUUGCUUAUGUUGCCCCAAUUUUUUUUAGAGUAUAUGCAGACAUACGAGAACGGAUUUUUAUUGCCGGCACUAAAAUACAAGUGUACUCGUCCCAAGUGCAAUGUAUCUAUUGCACCGUCUGCCACCGCCUGCACAAAUUAAAAGUCAUUAUCACUUCAUUGGUUUCCUUAAUGUUCUGUAUUUGUGUGCAAGGUAAAACUAUACACGUGUGUAAGUGCAAGGUAAAACUAACCUUAGCUGCGCGUACGCCACUGAGUGCUGGUAACAGUGACAUACCGUUUGAAUAAACAUGCCUGAAAGUUGGUACCAUAACAAAGGCAAUAUGACAGGAGAAUGUAACGACUGGUAGUUUAAGUUAGAGCGUCGUACUUGUAAUGCGAAUGUACAGGGUCCUGCCGAGGAGAAGCCUGAAAAUGGCGCCCCUCAAUUUAUACUUUAUAAAAAAAAAAUUGUUCGGUAAAUAAGAUUUUGGCGCCCCUCGUCUGUGUUGAGUACAUACGAUCUUAUCGUUUAAUUUUAAGGUAAGGACGAUUUGGCGACCACGUGAUGUUGGUAUCCCCUGGUUGUGCAUUCUAUCCUCAUUUGGCGACCACGUGAUUUUGGUAUCCCCUGGCUGUGUAUUCUAUCCUCAUUUGGUGACCAGGUGAUGUUACUAUCCCCUGGUUGUGCAUUCUAUCCUCAUUUGGCGACCAUGUGAUUUUGGUAUCCCCUGGCUGUGUAUUCUAUCCUCAUUUGGCGACCACGUGAUGUUGCUAUCCCCUGGCUGUGUAUUCUAUCCUCAUUUGGCGAUCACGUGAUGUUGGUAUCCCCUGGUUGUGCAUUCUAUCCUCAUUUGGCGACCAUGUGAUGUUGCUAUCCCCUGGUUGUGUAUUCUAUCCUCAUUUGGCGACCACGUGAUGUUGCUAUCCCCUGGUCGUGUAUUCUAUCCUCAUUUGGCGACCACGUGAUGUUGGUAUCCCCUGGUUGUGUAUUCUACCCUCAUUAUGACCACCAAAAACACUUAUUAUGAGCCCACUUAGAUUAAAGAGACUUGCUCAUUGAAAAUGAAAUUAAUCUACCAUAACUUACCAUUCAAUAAGAUUAAGAUGCACUAUCAUCAUAUGAAAUUAAUUAUGCCUUAAACUUAAAUGUCUACACAUUAGCUGGUAUACCGGUUCAAAAAGUUAGGCCUCCUUGCAUAGGUUUUCAUUUAACUCACUUGUUAAGACUCGCCAGCUUCGUCUAUUUAACAUCACAAAGUUGAACGUAAAACUGUCAAAUUAGAUUGAUUUAGAGAGAAGACGCACGGGAAUGCAACUAACAACAACAACAAAGAGUCUCCAUUUACUUGCCUGUCCAAAAGAGGCCUAUUCCUAACAGCAAUGGCAACUAGGAUUAUAGCAGCAAUCCCUCUGAUAGGGACAGUUAAUUGGUCUACCGUUGUUUGAAUGGAUUCAUGACACUGACAGCAAUCCCUCUGAUAGGGACAGUUAAUUGGUCUACCGUUGUUUGAAUGGAUUCAUGACACUGAGAAAAAGGGGGGGGGGGGUUGGUAAGGAUUUAUGACUCAUUAAAUUAAAAAAAGAACAACAGAAAAUCAAAGGAGAAGAAAAGAUCGUUUUUAAACAAUCGAAUCACAAGUUAAGCCGUUAAAGUGUGUAGUGUUGAUCUGACAACAGUUCUUUCGCAGAGAAUUCACUCGGUUUGUCUGAAGGAAAAUUACGUUAGUCUUUAAACUGGUACAUGAUGAUGUUGUAGCCUGUUAACUUGAGUUUAUUACACAUUUUAUACCAUUACAAUUUAAAUUGUUUAUUCGGUGGAUUAUACUUGUAUUGCUUUAUUUAAAAGAGUAUGGAACUGGAACUAUUUGCAACGUUAUAAAUUAACUUGUCUGGUGUGAUGAUUAAGUGAAAUCAGUUUUUUUUUUGUUUAACAUACAGGAUGUUUUAAUUCACCAAUUCAAAUGGCAGAUACAAGCUCAGGUUCUGCCAAGGCUGGGUUUAAUAUCCCUAAAAUCAAGAAGACUAAUAAAGGUAGUGUACUGUAAAUACUUGCCCGUUUUAUUAAGAAACGGUUGGUUUUUUUAACAUGUAGCUCUAGUUUUAGAUUUGUAACUGUACUUGGUUACAAAUACAUAGGCCUACAAUUUCGUUUAAAAUAAGUUUUUGUUUUUUACUUUGAAGUUAUUGAAGUAUUGGUUGUUGUAUACCUAUUGCUAUUUCUUUGUGAUAUUUGUUUUUAAUAUAUAUAUUUUUGCGUGGUAAAUAAAUAAUUUUAGAAUUGUCAGUUUUCAAAGUAAGACCUUAUUUUAAAGCCCUGGCAGGGUUUAAAAAAAAAAAUCAAAAGUUGCUCAACUCCCAAGUAUAAAUCUUAACAAUUAUAUGAAUAUAGGGUAUAGAAUGUUUUUUGUUAAUUAAAAAAAACAAACAACUAACUUAUUAAUUAUACAAGCUAAUUUUGAAGAAGAACAAAAUCUUACCUUCCUAGUAGUAGGGAUACUAAAAUAGCUGUCUUCUUUUAAAUGCAUGAUCUCAAACCAUUUAAUUCACUAACAUUCAUUGACCAAAUAUGAUGAUAAUUUUUCUUUCAAUUAUCUAGACAACCUCCAAAUAGUGGGCCUCAAUACUAGAGAUGUAAAGGAGCUGCUCCUUGAUAUCAAUAAGCAUUGCUUGAACACAAAUUUCAUGAGUGAAAUUGAGGUGAUCUCUGUGAAGAUGGUCCACAAUUCAGAGCUCAUGGACAAAUACUAGUGAGUUACCUUGUUUGAUUGCAAAUAAAUGUUAUGUAUAGUCAUCUUGUAUCUAAAUGAUAGAUAAUACCAGGACUUCCAAGUUAAAUCUAAAAAAAAAAAAGAUUUAACACUAUCCACCUCAACAUGUUGUGUACCCCGACCCUAGCAACAUGGUGUAGCACACCCUUACACUUAUUAUGUUAUUAUGAUGGGGAAAAGUGUUACUAGCUAUUCCUGGCAACUCAGUGGGUUACACCCAUAGUCUUAUUUUACAGUAAAUUUUCUUUUUUACUAUGUGGCAUGAUAUAGUUACCUUGAAACCAAACUCCCUUCACGGAUCACAUAGUUCUCCCACUGAAGAAUUUUGAAUUAAUGAAAAAAUGAUACAAACAAUAGUUGACUGCACCAUCAAGGAAAGUGAGAAAGUAAGAGGAGACAAUGACAAAGGAAUGGUGCGAUCUAUAAAAGCUUUUUUGGCUGCCUACUACUACUACUCCACACUGGGAAUGUCCAUCUCAACAGCAUUUUAGUGGGAAUUUUUAUUCAGCCAUGUUAAUCGAAAUCCUAUUUUUAGGGCACAUUUUCAAUGAUGAGAUUCAGCAAACUUCUUAUUCAUAUUUGUUUUGACAACCAAGAGAUGUAUGAGAAGCAUUCCUGAGUAAUUUGGCGAGAUGUUAUGUUCUUGGAGAGAACAUCACAGUAGGUGAGGAACUGAUUGGUUUCAGAGGUCAGUGCAGAUUUUUUCAAUAUAUGCAAAGCAAGCUUGAUAAAUAUGGAAUACAAAUCUCCUGGGUCUGUGAAUCGGCAAAGUAAAAUGCAAGUGCCCUGCCAGCAAAGAGAAAUGUUGGAAUAUCCACAGAGACUGUGAUUUCUCUCACAAGGGACUUGCAUUUGCAUAAAAUUGGCCAAAAUUUCAGAACAGGCUACUAUUUCUAGUCCUAGACUGAAACAACUUCACGACGCUUCCACCAAAUAGCGCCAGUAAAAUCCCCAAGUUCAUAGAGACGCUGUCGCUAAAUACUCCCAGGCAAAUCUACAUGCAUAGGAGCCAAAAUGAUCAAUAAAUUGAUCGUGGGCCCUUAAGAUAUAGAAGAAGAUUUCAUUCCCCUACAACUUUCAGAACCAAUGGCCAAGAACAUACUUACACUAGUUGGAACAGUGAAACAGAGCAAGAUGUUUCUACUCAAGGGGUUCAAGCAAAUGAAGGCUGUGCCCCUAAACAAAUCAGUGUUUUUGUUCAGACUAGAAGCAACCUUGUCAAAUACCAGAGCUCGAAGCAGAAAAAAUUUAUUGCUCCUGGACACAAUACACAAUUGACCAGAUAUAGAAAGUGAAACUGAAUGUAAGAAACCAGAAAUUGUGCUCAAUAACAACAAAAUAAAAGAAGGCAUAUUCGUCAUGGACCAAAAGAUGAAUGUGUUCUCUGUGAAUACAAAAAAAAAUAAAAGUAAAAGAUGGCCUUUGGUUGUGUUUUGCAACAUUGUUGACUUGGCAACAAUUGCAGCAAGAGUGGCAUUUAAAUAUGAAUAUCCUACUAACUCACUGUCUCAUGAAGAAAACAGACUGUCAAUAUUAACAUUGCAAAUUUCAUUACCCUUCCCCAAGUAGAGGGGAUCCCACGCAUCAAGAUAUUGUGUGGCAGAACUUUGCCAGUGUUUUGAAAUCUUUACAAACACUUCAAACAGCUGUCCAACCACUUCAACUCAGCAAGUUUACUAGACAUUUUGUUCUUUUAUGUAAAAACUGUCCAAGCUGUGCCACAAAACCCCUAUUUUCCAUGUGUUCAUGUUACUGUUCCGUUUUGAAAUGGUUUGUCAAGUUGAAUCCAUCCAUCCAUCCCUGUGGCGCUACAGCCCAUCUAGGGCUUUGGCCUGCCUCUCCACUUCCUUCCACUCAGACCAAACUAAUGCCUUUCUUUUCCAUGCUUGGACUUUCAACUGCUGUAGAUCAUUUUCCACAUCAUCUAUCCACCUAAGCCUAGGUUUGCCUUUGAGCCUUUUUCCUCUCGGGUAUUGGUGAUGUACACUCUUCGUUCCUCUGUCAUUUGGCAUUCUUUCUAGGUGUCCUGCCCAGUGUAGCCUUCCCUUUUUUGAUCAGUCGUUGAUCUGUUAGGCCUGAAUUCACAUUGGUAAUCACCUAGUAUUUCUUCAGUGUUGUCAAGUUGAAUACAUGUUAUUCUUGAUACCCAAAUUCAUUCAGAAUAUUUAUUUAUUGUCAAAAUUUAAAAUCUAUUUUAUGGAUGACAGUAAUGACACAGACUCAAUAAUUAACAAGCAAAAAUUUUCACAAGCCAGUUUAGAUGCUUUUUUCUUCUAUUAAAUUAUACACGGGUGUGUUACACCCAGUUGCUACGGACUGUAGAAAAAAAUUUUAGGCCCCCAAAAGUAAGUCACUUUCACUUGCUUUAUACAAUUGAAUCCACCAAGGUGUUAAUUCCAACUACCUUGUGGAUUAGGUCGAGUAUGAAAAAGAUUAUUUAAAGGAAACUUGAAAUAUCAGCAAUCCCAGUCUGUCUCUGGGUGUAUUACACCCAGUUGGUAUGGAAAGGGUUAAAAACAUGAAGCCUUUGAUUCUAGGUAUUUACAUUAAUUUACUAUACAUUUGAUAGCCUAACCUAUACAGCAAUAUAACAGGCCAAUACAAAAAUAUAUUUUGUUUCUAAGUAUCCUAAUGUGUUUUAAGAAUGUUAAAAUGAUAAAUUGCUGCAAUUGCUGCAAUAAUUACUCUAAUAAACAUCAAGUAAACACCAGUUUUCUGCAGAGGUUUAAUGUAACAACUCACUAACUUAGUGGUGCAAACCCCCCCCCCCCCCUCCUUUCCACAAAUGACAUGAUGUUUCUAUCCUGUUUUAAUUUUUUCCAGCCACUAAAUGAAGUGUCUAGGUCAAGUGAUAUAUAUCUAUAUUUAAAUAACUGGCCUUUAAAAUUAAAAUUGAUGGAGAUAUAAUCAUAUUUAACAUUAUUCUCAGAAUAUUGUUUUGCCCCAUCUUAAUUAAAAAAAAACCACAUAAUAUCUUAAUUAAGCUAUGAGCUAUUAUUAUUAUAUAAUAACAAUUUUUACUGCUUUUUAAAGCUUUCAAAAAUUAAAAAGUGGUAGGAUUUAAACAGGAUUUCAAAACAUGUCAUUGUGUUAAAGAGUUUGUUUUCUAGCUGAAACAAUAUUCGCAAUAUUUUAUGCUGAAAUCUAUUUAUGAUGAAGAUGUGAUUGCAGCUCAAAUAAAAGGAAACUUAAGCAUAAUUCAGAAUUAUUUCCCCUUGUGGACGCAGGUGUAAUUACCAUUUAUUUUUCCAAUACUAUUCAGCAAGAAGAAAGGGGAGUUGAAAGACCAGGGCCGCAGUAAUG